AUGGCGCGACACGCGAGGGCCCGGCGGACGCUGGCCCUGAGGCGGGGAGAGGGCGGGGACGCCGAGGCCCCGGCUCUCGCUCCGGCUCCGGCUGAUGUCCGGACGCAGGCCUGGCUCCGGCCCCGCGGGCCGCGGCUCCUCCCCGGGCGCGGCGGUUGGCGGUUGGCGGCUGGCGGCGGCGGGGAGGGCGCGGAGGAGGGAGGGAGGGAGCGAGGGGGCCGCUUGCCGCCCGCCUCAGUCAGACGCGGCUCCGCUCCGGCCUCCGAGAGAAAACAGUCCCCAGCGCCACCUCCACGGCCGCUGCUACCGCUACUGAGCCAACAAAGGGGCGUGCGUCACCGCGUCGCGCAGCGUCGUCGCGUCACUCCUCUUGGCGUCACCGCGCCCCGCCCCGCCGCCCCUGCGUGGAGUGUGGGGAGACCCCAAGGCCCGGCCUGGCUAUGGGAGCGCGGCGCCGCGGGAAUCGCCUUCUCGGUUCCGGCUGCGGUCCCUCUGUGGACCGACACUGGUGGACCCUGUUCCGGAGGAGGCCGUGGCCUCGUCGUCACCGAGAGAAAGGCCCCUGGACACGAUGGUGGUUGUCGCCGCAGGCCAUAGGGAUCCAGCCCCUUCACUGAAUCCAGCGAAGGCGGCCUUCCCACCCGGCGGUAGAGACACUUCCCGCUCGCCCUGGAGUAAUAUUCUGGGAAGACCUCGGUUGUUGGGCUAAAAUUCCUGUUGCCCGGGCUACUAAAUGGAAAUCUGUUUCAUGCGGAACCUCUAAACCAUGUGACAGGUCUCCAUGACUUGCAGGUUGUGUGGAGGAGGAGAAGGGGGCCCUAUGUGCAUGUCCUCCACAGCUCUCCUGAUGUGAGUGUGUGUAGGAGGUUGCAGGUGAAAAGGGUCAGACAGAAGUACAUUGUACUGAAGCGGAUAUUCUCACUCAACUAACUUUGGCAGGUGCUACAGUGUAGCAGCACCAUAAACUCCAGAGCAAGAAGCCUCACUUGGCCUGGAGUGUGUACCAACCGGAAAAUUCAGAGUGUUCACACAUUCGCUUUAGUCCUCAGUCAGGAACUGGGAAUACAAAUGCCGUGCUAAUUUUUACUCCACAUUGAUACUCUUUACAAAUUAAUGUGUCCAAGCUGAAGUGCCCACCCCAGGACAAAAUUGAAUUCUCCUAGACUUAUAUGCCAGGGAACUGAGGGGGUCCCCAGCCAACAGUAAGGAACUGUCAAGAACUGAAUCCUUAGCGAGGAACUGAAAGCCUUGGUUCAAAAGUACCAUGAGGAGCUAAAUCCUGCCAGCAACCACGGAUGCACACUUGAACGUGAAUCUUCCUGCAAUCAAGCAUUCCUGUGAGACUGAAGCCCUGGCUAACACCUUGCUUCGUCCUUGCGAGAGAUCCUGAGACCAGAUCCAGCUAAGCCACACCCAGAUUCUGACCUACAGAUACUCUGAGAUAAGUGUUUGUUGUUACUGGUUUGUUUUUGUUUUUGUUCUUGUUUUUUAAUUGAAUUCUCCUUCAUCUCCAAAAGGUCUCCUUUUAGUUGUUCAAUAGGUACCAGAAUAACCGAUUAGAUUCCACCUACUGUACCCCACCAUUGAAUUUAGCACCUCUUCAUAGCACUCCCCACACUUGUAUAAUGUCUGUCCUCUCUGAGUUGAUAAGUUACGUGAGGUCAGAGACUGUUCCUAUCAUGUUUAUGUCUAUAGACUACAUAUACAACUUAGUUUUUAAUGGUUAGAAGACAUACAGUAAAAAAGGUAAAGAUCUAACUUGUUUUGCCCAUUUGUUCUUUCUACCAAGUUAGACCUUAACCCAAUGUCAUAUAUCAAAAUAAAAUCCAGAUAUAUAUUUAAAUAAAGGAAAGAAAAUAUAAAAUUGGUUCAAGAAAUAUUGGUGAAUAUUUAAUCACCUGGGAGUGGGAAAAGCAUUAUCAAGGAUAGCACCAAAGGCAAAUCUCUAAAGCAAAAGACGAAUAGAUGUGACUAAUUUGAAGCUUCCUUCUGUUAAAAAAAAAUCAUAAAUAAAAGACAAAAUGGGGAAAAUAUUCACAACGUGUAUGACAAAAGGUUAUUUAUCUUUAGUGUAUUCUAAAAUCUCAUGAAUUAAUAAUACACAUACUUCGUGUGUUUGGGGGGUAGAGAGAGACGUAAACUAAUAUGCAAAUGUCCAAUAAAUAACAAAAAAGUGCAACUUUAUUAGUAAAUGAAAUGGAAAUUAGUAACAAUAUACAACUUUCACCUGUCAAAAUGGUAUAUAGAUUUUAUAAAACUCUGAGUUUUGAGAGGAGCAGCAGGAACAGAAUGAUGACUCAUAAGAGUACAAAUUAGUACAGCUUUUCCAGAGGGCAGUUUAUAAGCAAGAAAAAAAAAACUUAAAAUGGUCAAAUUCGGUUUUUUUUAAUUAUUUUAAUUUUUAUUUAUUUUUGAGAGAGAGAGAAA